AUGUUCAUGAAUAUGAUUAGAAACAAUAGAAAGGAUCUGGAUUCAUCUUUGAUUAAUACAAGAGAGGGAACUUCCUCUAUGCCAUAGACAGAGCUCUCUACUUAGGAAAAUGCUUUUGAUGCAGCUAUUGAUGUAGCUGAUGUGAGCAGAGCUUGGGCUUAGGAAUAUUAUAGGUUAUUCGAUAAGAACUUUAUAGAUAAGGAAUUAGUUUAACAGAUGGUAGGUUAAAUUCAACAAGAUUACAAGAAGUUGAAAGAGCAGGAGCUUUUUACAAAGGAGGAGGGAAGAGUAUUUUCUAAUUCGGAUAAGACGCUUAAGAAUUUCGAAAGGAUUCUGGCUCAUGCAAAGAGAUCCAAUUUGAGAUUGCAUAAAUUUGUGUAUCGAUCCACUAGAUUAUUGCAACCAAGGUAGGUAGCAGUUUCUGGUUCAUUUGAUGAGAGGAAGGAGAAACACAAGCUGAAGUUCAACCAUUUCUCGAAAGUUUGGAAUUUUACUCUUAAAUUACUUCCUGGGGAAUAUUAUUACAAAUUCUAUGUGGAUGGAGAAUGGAUAUGCACGGAUGAUGAUCUAAAGGAUAAUGACAUUUAUGGAAAUAUAAAUAAUUUUGUUAUUAUCUAAUGA